AUGGUUACCGAACUACCAUAUGCGCUCGAUGCCGAGACGCCGCUAAAUCCCUCCGAGCUCAACGUCCUAAAAGCGCAAUAUGAGCGCGAGGGUGAGAUGGUUGGCGUGCAAACCAAGUUCAACUAUGCUUGGGGUCUCGUGAAAUCCAACCAGCGAAACGACCAGCAGCUUGGUGUCCGCCUACUCUCGGAUAUCUUCCGCAUCUCCCCCGAGCGCCGCCGCGAAUGCCUCUACUACCUCGCCCUCGGCAACUACAAGCUGGGCAACUACGGCGAAGCCCGCCGAUACAACGAUCUCCUCCUCGACAAGGAGCCCGCCAACCUGCAGGCCGCGAACCUGCGCUCGCUCAUCGACGACAAGGUUGCCCGCGAAGGACUCAUGGGCGUUGCCAUCCUCAGUGGUGUUGGUGUAGCAGCUGGUGUUGUGGGAGCGUUCCUCUUGAGGAAUGCUAGAAAGAGGUAG